UAGACUUCGGUUGUACUAUUAUUUUCAAACGCUCCAUUUAUAGAUAGAUAGAAGGCAAUCAAUGUAUAGCAACACACUUAAACGAAACGAACCACUUAUAUAAAACUUCUGUCUUUUUUCCCCUUCCUUCUGAUAUCAUGACUUCAUCACCAUUGUUGUUCACAGUGCGGAGGUGCCAACCAGAGUUGGUGCCACCAGCUGCACCCACUCCUUGUGAAGUUAAACUAUUAUCUGACAUAGAUGAUCAAGAAGGUUUGCGCUUCAAUAUUCCUAUGAUCUUUAUCUAUCAUCACGAACCAUCAAUGGCAGAGAAAGACCCUGUUAAGGUUCUGAGACAUGCACUCUCACAAGCACUUGUUUAUUACUAUCCAUUUGCGGGAAGGAUUAGGGAGGGAGCUAGUCGCAAGUUGAUGGUGGAUUGUACUGGCGAGGGUGUCAUGUUCAUUGAAGCUGAAGCUGAUGUAACACUUGAUCAAUUUGGUGAUGCCCUGCAUCCUCCAUUCCCUUGCUUCCAUCAACUCCUAUAUGAUGUUCGAGGCUCGGAACAAAUUAUGGACCGUCCCAUUCGACUCAUACAGGUCACACGUCUCAAGUGUGGUGGGUUCAUAGUGGCCAUGAAUUGGAACCAUACGAUGGGCGAUGCAGCUGGUUUGAGACAAUUCAUGAAUGCAUGGGCAGAAAUGGCUCGAGGAGCAUAUCGACCUUCCAUUCAACCUGUGUGGAAUAGGGAGAUUCUAAUGGCAAGAGACCCUCCACGCAUUACAUGCAACCAUUUUGAAUACGAACAAAUUCUUUCGCCAAAUACAAUUAAGGAAAAAGAUACUGCUUCUCUAGUCCAUCAAUCUUUCUUCUUUAGAGCUUCUGACAUAGCCACACUUCGUCUCUUGGUUCCAUUUCACCUUCGUCAAUGCACCACAUUCGAUCUUAUCGCUUCAUGUUUUUGGUGUUGUCGCACAAAAGCAUUGCAGUUAGAGGCAGAUGAAGAGGUACGAAUGAUGUGCAUCGCCAAUGCACGCUCGAGGUUUAAUGUUAACAAUUCGCCACUUGUUGGAUACUACGGUAACUGUUUUGCUUACCCAGCGGCCGUCACCACUGCAAGGAAGCUUUGUGGAAACCCAUUUGGUUAUGCAGUGGAGUUGGUAAGAAAAUUAAAAGCUGAAGUUACAGAGGAAUACAUGCAUUCUGUGGCCGAUCUUAUGGUUAUUAAGGAACGGUGUUUAUUUACAACUGUAAGGUCUUGUAUUAUUUCAGAUUUGACUCGUGCUAGGCUCUCAGAAGUGAAUUUCGGAUGGGGUGAAGGGGUGUAUGGUGGAGUUGCAAAAGGUGGGGCUGGACCUUUUCCUGGAGCAACCUAUAUCGUCCCAUAUAAGAAUAUAAAAGGAGAAGAAACUUUGAUGUUACCAAUUUGUUUGCCCUCUGAAGAUAUGAAGAGGUUUGCAAAAGAGUUGGAUGAGAUGCUUGGUAACCAAAAUCAUCCUACAUUGAGUGCUCCUAGUUUUGCGAUGUCUACCUUAUAGUUUGUUGUAGUUUGUAAAAUUGUACUGUCGUGAUUGCUGUUAAAUAAAGUUGGGGGCUUGUGUGCUAUAUAAUGAUAAUGAAAGACCUGUUUGUUAUUGUGAUAUAUUAACUAGUAUAUAGGUUUUCAUAUUAUAAUUCUGUCA